GCUUUUAAUAGGCAUCCUUAUUUUGGCCGGUUCUGGGUCUGCUUGUGAAUACUCGCCAGGCAGAUGUGGGGCCUGGGCAGACGGGGAUAUACGGAUAGGGGUGCUCAAUUCCUGCCAUUCCAAAGUGCAGACACUACAUGUGCGAGAACGUCCAGAAAAAUACAACUGCACAGAAUUAAAUCUCCUUUCGCUUGUAAGGACUCUAGCUGUUGUGCAUACUAUUGAAACGAUCAAUAACUCCAGCUUCCUCCCGGGUGUGCGACUGGGCUACUACAUCUGUGAUACUUGCUCUGAUGCAUCAAAGGCCAUUCAGAGCACCGAGCAGCUUCUCGCUGUGAAUGGCACACUGCCUGUCCAAUGUGAGGUGCUUGAAAGGCCUAAUGUAAAAGCAAUCAUUGGAGCACGUUUCUCAGAAGACUCUCUGGCAGUGGCUCGGCUUCUGAGUCUAUACAUGGUCCCACAGAUAAGCACAACAUCAUCUGCACAAACGCUUAGUGAUAAGGUACGAUACCCAGCAUUCCUGCGCACCAUUCCUAGUGAUGUUCACCAAACCAAAGCUCUGGCUAAUUUCAUGAAACACUUUGACUGGAACUGGGUUGGGGUAGUCUACGGGGAUGAUGAUUAUGGGAAAAAUGCCUUACAAAGCUUCUUAGCUGAAUCAGAAGGUGCAGAUAUCUGUCAUGCUUUUAAAGAAGCAUUCCCUCAUUACCUAGCUCACAAUGAAAUCGACAAAAGGAUCCAAGAGGUGGCAGAAAUAAUCAGUUUAUCCAAAGCUAAAGUUGCUGUAUGGUCCAUUGCUCAUGCUUUGGAACUUCUUCUCAGCUGCAAUGAAACUGAUUGCCCUGGAGAACGGGACUUUCCGCCAUGGAAGAUUUACCCAAUUGCCUCCCUUGUGAAAAUGGUACCUGGUCUUUGA